AUGCGAACCGCCCGGCUCGGCUUGACUUGGGGCACGCAACACUUGCACGGCAGCAUCACAUCCCCCACGCCAGGCCGCUCUGCCCACCGCAUUUACAUUUUACCCCCCGCCCUGUUGCAACACCAUCAUCCGCCCCCGCGCGUUCCGCCCUCCAGCAGCAUGCUCCUCCUCGCCGCCCUCCUCGCGGGCCUCGCCUCCGCCCACAUGCAGAUGGCCUACCCGCCCCCCUUGCGCUCCAAGCACAACCCCCACAGCGCCGCCGUCGACUACUCCAUGUCGUCGCCCCUGCUCGCCGACGGCUCCAACUUCCCCUGCAAGGGCUACCAGGCCGACCUGGGCUCGCCGGCCGGCCGCCCCACCGCCGCCUGGUCCCCCGGCGGCACCUACAACCUCACGCUGGAGGGCACCGCCGUCCACGCCGGCGGCUCCUGCCAGGUCGCGCUGUCCUACGACCGGGGCGCCUCGUGGGCCGUGCUGCGCUCCUUCGUCGGCGGCUGCCCCCUCACGCCGACCUGGUCCUUUGAGCUGCCGCCCGACGCGCCCGCCGGCGAGGCCCUCUUCGCCUGGUCGUGGUUCAACAAGCUGGGCAACCGGGAGAUGUACAUGAACUGCGCGGCCGUCACCGUCCGCGGAGGUGGGGGGACGGGGACGGGGACGGGGACGGCGGCCCGGCGGAGCAGGAUCGACGCGCGGGCCGGCAUGGCCGGCCGGCCGGCGCUGUUUGUGGCCAACGUGGGCAACGGGUGCGCGACGCUCGAGGGCAAGGACGUGGCGUUUCCGCACCCGGGGCCGGACGUGGAGGAUGUGUCGGGGGGGAAGGCCGCGCCGGUGGGCCGGUGCUGA